AUGUCGCGCGGCUCCGUGGCCGUCGUCGGCGGUAGCAUCGCUGGCCUCGCUGCUGCCAACGUGCUCGCGCAGCGCGGCUUCGAGGUGACGGUCUUCGAGCGCUUUCCGACAGGCUUCGAGAGCCGCGGCGGCGGCCUCGGCGGCGUGGACCGCCAACUCUACGAGUCGAUCCGCGCCGACGGCGCGACGCUGCGGCAGCACGGGCCCGGAGGCUGGUUCUACGGCGACCUAUGGCGCUACCUCCGCGGGGGAUUGCCCGACGACGCCGUGAGGCACGGCGUCGCCGUCGCGGACGUCGGCGACGUCGCCGCGCCGACGGUCGACGGCGCGGCCUACGAUUUCGUCGUCGUCGCCGACGGCGGCUGGAGCUCGCUGCGCCGCUUCGUCGUCGGCGACCAACAACCGGUCUACUCCGGCUACUGCCUCUGGCGCGGCCUGAUGGACCUCGAGCGCGCGCCCUCGUUCCGGAGCUUCGGCGGCCACCGGAGCGGCUACUUCGACACUGGCGGCUUCCCCAUCUCGUGCGCCGACGGCCGCACGCUCUACAAUGGAGGAUUCUACCUGCGCAUGCCCGAGGACGAGGUCGCGCGGCCGGCGAGCGGCGCCGCGCGGCAGGUCGGGGAGAAGAAACGGGCGCUCCCGGACUGGUACCUCCCGCUCUACGAGAAGCUCUGGAGCCACGUCAACGGCGGCGAGCUCGUGCGGCUCUGGCGCGCCAUGGCGGAGCACGGCAAAGUCACGCAGCACGCGGUCUGGGAGUUCUGCGCGGACCGCGUCGUGAACGGCCGCGUCGUGAUCAUCGGCGACGCGGCCCACAUGGCGUCGCCGCGCACGGGCGCCGGCGCCUACACGGGCCUCCUCGACGCCCACGGCCUCGGCGUCGCCUUCGACCGCCACGGCGACGUCGACGCGGCCCUCGCGGCCUACGCCGUCGACGGGAAGCGCCGGGCGAACGAGCUCCACCGCGCGAGCCUGAAUGUGAAACGGCAAUUCGUGGACCCCAGCCGGCCGCCCGUGCCGGCGAGGGAGCUCCUCGCCCAGCUCGAGGCCGGCGGCCGCCAAAUCGGGGCAGCCCGAGGACGAACGAUGGUGCGCGUGGCGCUGGUCGCGUCGCUGCUCGGCGCCGCCGAGGGCGGCUUCCGCAUGACGGGCUACCGGAGCCUCGGCUGCCUGUCGACGUCCAUGGGCUGGGGCGACUCGGAGAUCAGCGGGCUGCCGAACCCCUACGAGGCGGCGGACGACGCCUGCGCGCCCUUCUCGCGCGACGGCUUCGACGGCUGGCUGCGGGGCACCUGCGACCCGGCGACGGGCGUCGUUAAUGUUUCUGCCUUCGCCGACGACAGCUGCUCCGCGGCCGUCGACGUGCUCACGUUCGGCGACGACGAGUGCCUCGAGGUCCAGGGCGGCUGGUUCCUCGUGUACUACGAAUGGUCCAUGAAGCUCGAGUGCCUCGCGGACUGCGACGCCGACGUGUCCUACUGCGCGUACCCGACGAUCGCUCCGACGACGACGCCGUCGCGGCGGCCGACGGCGGGCCCGCGCGCGGCCAGGGCGACGCGGGCGCCGAGCCUCGGGGGCGACGACGACGACGACGACGGCGACCUGAGCCGCGCCGCCGCCGCCGUCGCGCUCUUCAUCGUGGGCUGCGCGGCCAUCGCGUCGGUCUACGCGCGGCGGGCGCUGCCCCACGACGACGCGACCUUCGACACGCUGCCCACGGGCGGCGCGCCCGCGCCGCCGCCCGUGCCCGUCGCCGUGCCCGCGCCGCGCCGCGCGGAACUCGAAUCUUCAACCCGACUUCAAUGUGCGAACGUGCCGCGGCCCGCGUCGUCCGCGCCGCCGCGGCGCAAGAGCCACCACGGCCGGUCGCCGCCGGCGGACACGGGCCGGCGGCCCCGGCGGUCCAUCGCCGAGCGGCUCCGCAAGCUCGCCUCCGGCCGCGGCUACGACGACGCGUCCGCGGAAACGGCCCCGAAGUUCGACGUCGUCCUCGCGUCCGACAUCCAGCUCAUGAGCGCGGCCCACGCCGAGGUCUUCACGGUCUCGUGCGACAGCUCGAAGUCGCCGCGCUCGACCGAUUGGCGGUCCGCCAUGGCGGUCUCCGUGCACGCGUCGCCGCGCGCCGUCAUGCGCGAGCUCCAGCACAUGUUCUCCGGCAAGAAGCUCAAGCUCAGCGACCGCGUGCUCGCGCUCCCGACGACGCAGCACACGGCCAUGGAGCUCGUCAACUGGGGCGACGACGCCGCCGUCGAGAAGGACCGCUGCCUCGAGUGCUUCGUCGCCUUCGCCGAGAGUUUGCGCGGCGCGCUCGCCGCGCGCGGCCACUGGUGCGACUUCAUCGACCCCUGCAGCGGCUUGCCCUGCCACUGCAAGGAGUGCACGUCCAUCUACGACGAGGUCAGCGGCCACCAGUGCCUGCUCAAGUACGCCGUGAGCCAGGCGGCGGGCUGCAAGGUGCUCCUGCACCCGAAGUGGGGCACGGCCUGCUACCCGGCGACGAUCUUCACGACCGCGCCCGACGCGCUCGUCCUGGAGCUGCUGGACGCGUACCCGCGGGCGGCGACGGAGGUCGUGGCGUAA